AUGAUACCGUGGGACGUAAUAAAUCUACAAGAUUCUGUUGACGACCGACUAGCCGCCUUUAACGCUUUGUUCCUGACAUGCUUAGAUAAACACGCCCCCGAGAAAGUCAUUAAACUUAAAUAUAACCCAAACCCAUUCAUCAAUAGGGAGUUAAGGUCGUUAAUACAAAACAAAUCCCAACUUCAUCAAAUAGCAAGAGCUACUGGGACAUUAGAGGAUUGGAAUGCUUUUAAAUCAUUAAAACGGAGGAUCAAAUGUGCCAUCAGACAAGCGGAAACAGAUUAUUUCAAUAAAGAAAUUCUUUCUAAUAAAAAUUGCCGCGGUGCAAUUUGGAAAACAAUCCGUCGUGCAAUACCAAAAUCAUCUAGCCAGCAGUUGACCUAUACCAAAGAUACAGUAUCCUUAUCUAAUCAAUUUAAUGUAUUUUUUACAUCCGUCGGGCAACAAGCUGCUACAUCUUCAAGAAAGCUUGCUGUAGAACAUGGGCUACAAGUAUCAGAAUCAGUUCUCCCCGUGCCAUAUCCUGAAGAUGAGUUAUUUUAUUUCAGACCAGUUACAUAUGAGGAGGUAAAUAAAGUUAUCCUGUCAAUGCCCAACAACAAAGCACCGGGAUAUGAUAAAGUCCCAGUUAAAGUAAUUAAGAACUGUCUCCCCGAAAUUUCGGAUACUGUCACCACGCUGAUAAAUCUAUCCUUCGAGAGUAACACAUUUCCAUGUGAAUGGAAAAAAGCGGUAGUGAUACCCCACCUCAAGGAAGGCGACCAUGAAGAGGCUGAUAAUAACAGGCCUAUUUCUCUACUACCAGUACUUUCCAAAAUCGCUGAACGCUUGGCUCUGAUCCAGUUUACAGAAUACUUAGUUCAAAAGCAGAGAUUAACCAACCAUCAAAGUGGAAAUAGAAAGUUACACUCCACUGAAACCAUUAGCCUACUUAUCACUGACCACAUUUUUAGAGCAAUGGACGAAAAAAAGAUUACAGCAAUGGUUUUAAUAGACCUGAGUAAAGCCUUUGAUAGCAUUUGCCAUGAAAGACUACUCCAAAAGCUCCAAAAUGUAGGCGCUUCUUCCUCUAGCGUUGAUUGGUUUCAGAGUUAUCUAUCCGAUAGAUAUCAAGUCACACGCAUUGGUCAAUCUACAUCAACUCCUUUAUUGGUGAAACAUGGAGUCCCACAAGGCUCCAUCUUGGGUCCACUGCUGUUUACAAUAUACAUGAACCGAUUUACCCAAAGUUGUUUCGAAUUGUGA